AUGGCUACCAAUGUUCCGCCACUGAACCCGACGAGCGGUGCUCCCGCCGACGUCAUCGAGCCAGUCCGCAAUGAUAAUGUCCAGGGUGACGAUUUGCAGGAAAGAGCGGCUCAGUUCCUGGCGCAGCAUGGAGGCGGCGAUACCGCGUUCACAUACGAAGAAGAGAAAGCGGUUAGGAAACGCAUCAAUUUUCGGAUUCUCCCUCUUCUUCUCGGAGCCUACUUCUUCCAGCAACUCGAUAAGAGUUCAUUGAGUUAUGUGUCCAUUUUCGGCAUCACAAAAGAUGCUGGCCUUGUUGGUCGUCAAUACUCAUGGCUCGGCUCAAUCCUCUACAUCGCACAGCUCGUCUGGCAACCCGCAGCCGCGUGGAUUCUCGUUAAACUCCCCAACGGAAAGGUCAUCGCCGCCGCCAUCUUCCUGUGGGGAUCCAUGCUCGCAAUCAUGACAUCCUGCACAAACUUUGGCUCGCUUCUCGGUUUGCGGUUCUUGCUUGGCACAUUCGAGGCCAUGAUUGCCCCUUCGUGUCUUUCAGUCACCACCAUGUGGUGGAGGCGAAGCGAGCAGACGCUGGUCACCAGUUCGUGGAAUGCCAUGAACGGAGUCACCUUCAUCGUUGGCAGUCUGGCGACGUAUGGACUGGGACACAUCAAGAGCGAGACUCUGUUUUCAUACCAAAUUAUUUUCUUGUUUUGCGGUCUUCUCACCGUUACAUACUCCAUCAUAGUUCUCAUUCUGAUGCCCGACUCACCCAUGUCUGCUAAGUACCUUACUGAAAGAGAAAAGGUCAUUGCUGUCGAACGUCUUCGAGCGAACCAGAUGGGUAUGCAAUCCGGCCACUGGCGCUGGGACCAUGUCCUGGAGACGUUUACGGACUUGAAGACCUGGUGCUGGUUUGUUCUCAUCAUCGCCAUCUCCAUCGCCAGUGGUGGAAUCUCAACUUUUGGCAACUUGAUCGUCAAGUCCUUCGGCUACGACAGUUUCACCACGAUUCUCUUCAACAUUCCUUUCGGUGCCAUUCAAAUUUUUGCUAUUAUGGGCAGCGGCUGGCUCGCGACACGAAUCAAGAAGAAGGGCAUCGUCAUCGCGAUGCUUUCCGUGCUCCCCGCCAUCGGUUCGAUCCUGAUGCUGACGGUUCCCCGUGAGCACAAGGGCGUCUUGCUCUUCGGAUACUACCUUGUCUCCUUCCUUGCUGCCAUCACGCCAAUCAUCUUUACCUGGCAGGUGCAAAAUACCGCAGGCGACACCAAAAAGAAAACCACCUCUGCCGUGGUUUUCAUUGGUAUGUGCGUAGGCAACAUCAUCGGACCGCUACUCUACUCUGUUGAUGAUGCGCCGCUUUACCGACCUGGUUUGAUUUCGAACUUGAUCAUGUUCGUCCUUGUGGGCAUCAUGGGAGCCCUGAUUCCUCUCUACCUCAAGUUCCUUAACAACAAGCACGCCAAGCGCCGUGAAGAGCUUGGUAAAAGUGCCCAGGUCAUUGACGAGUCGAUGUUGCGCAACAAAGAAACGGAGAAUAGCAAGGCAGUUGAGAUUGAGGGGGACCAGAGUGGACAGCAGCACAGGACUAUUGAGGAGGACAACGCGCUGCGAGACAUGACCGACCUCAUGAACGAGGACUUCAUCUACGUUUACUAA